UCCAAAGCCAUCUGAAACCACAGAGUGGUUAAAUACCAUUAUGGAGGAGUCUAUCAGUGGUCUUCCAGCGGUAUAUGAUAGUGAUGCUAUGAUAAAUAAUCCUGAAAACGUACCAAUUGACAAAGUGGAAUUGGAAACAACCGCAAACAUACAUUUGGAUUUAUCACAAGACAAAUAUGUAGAAGACUUUGCAUCAGAUGUUGAUAACGUAUGCCCAGAGUCCGAGCAGGUGAUGAAGGAAAAUAUUCCUAACUAUAUUGAAUUACGAAGUUCUAGUGGAUUUGACACAUCCACUCCAAAAGCUAUGCUGCGAAAACCUGUGUCAAAAGAGUUGUCAUUCAUUCAAAAGAAUAAAAAGACUGCUUUUACUCCUUUGGAGACCAGAAAGCGAAUAAUAAUACACACAGAAAAAAAAAUUGAUUUAUUAAAUAAAAAGCAGGGUAGGGAACUGGAUUUAGCCCGAUAUGCCAAAGAAGAACACGAGCUUAACAUGAAACAUAAACAAGAACUACAUGAGCUCGAACUUUCAUUCAGAAAAAAAAUGCAUGAAUUAGUUUUAGAGAAAUGUAAAUAUGAAGCAGAAAAAGCAAAGUUAGAGUUAAAUAAUGUAUUUAAAUAAAUAAAGCAUUUCAAUCAUAA